CCGAGCCCACGGGGGGAGCCCCAAUCGGUCCUGGAGGCCCCUUCACCUGGCAUCUCCCAGUUGCCCUCUGACCUCAGUACCUCCAGCCCCCCCCCCCGAAUCCCCCCUCUUAGUAAUUACUAACCCCCAAAGCAGUAGGGGGCAAUCGUGUCUAACUGUGUGUUUCCUGCCCUGGACUGUGAGUUCUGUGAGGAUGGGCUCUGUCUGUCAUGAUCAUUGGUGUACAUGUGCUCUGUGUGUGCACGUGUUCACAUAUACACAUCUUAUGUGCGUGUUGUGUGUGUAUGCACACGUGCUAUGUGUGCACACGUAUGUGUGCAUGGUUUAUAUAUAAUGUGUGCUCUGUGUAUGUAUAUAUGUCUUCGAGCCUGUAUAUGCAUACAUGCUAUUAUAUAAGUAUACGUACUAUGUGUACACGUAUGUGUCUGUGCUGUGUGUGCUCUGUGUACGCAUAUGUGUGUCUGCAUAUAUACGUAUACACGCUAUUUUAUAUGUGUGUGUGUUCUCUAUAUGUACCACUACAUAUCUGGCACAUAGUGUAAGUUUGAUAAAUAUUAUUUAAACUUGUGUUCCACCUAAAGGAGGGACUUCUGACUAUAGCGGACAGGGAGCCUGACCAUAGUGACAUGGCGCCACGCUCCCUCUGUGGAUGGAGGGAAAUGUGGGAGAAAAAAAAUUCACUUCUGCUCCCGCCCCACCCAAUUAGAGCACAGGGCUGAAGGAUGAAAGAUGGGAAGAGAAAUCUCCAGGCACCACAAACGAAUUUUCACCUAGAGCGGAUGCUGACGGCCCAGGGUCCAUCAGAUGGGGUACAGGCUCCAGGCCCGAGGUGAGGCGGGGCGGCGGGGGGCGAGGAGGCGCUGAGGGGCUAGGAGGUGGUCCUGGAGGAGGGGCUGGAACAGAGGAGGCUGCAGGAGGCCAGAACGGGAGGCCCCCGCUGCUUAAAGAAAGCAAUGUCCUGCCCAGAAUGCCUGAGACUCGGGGCGGGAGGGGUGCGUGAGUGGGGUCGGGCACCACGUUGAGUAACAGCCCCAGAUUUGCACCAUUCGGGUGUAGAAUCUGAAUUCACAGAGACUCACGUGAUGCCAAAUCUCCAAACCACAAAAUCCAUCAAAAAUCUGGUCCCGCACCUGUGAAAUCCUUUGAAAGCCCAACAGAGGUCAAUGCAAAAGUCUGGGUAGCACAACUUCCAUGACCUUGUGACCUUGGGGGGGCCCCCACUACAUUAUCCCUGCAGGAGACAACCCAUCGCUGGGAAUUAAUGGCGGAACUAGGAAAUGUUAAUAAAAACUUGACUGACAUCAGAUCAAACAGCCUUAAAGGCUAAAAAAGGGAUUAUGAAGAAAGAGGGCCGCUACAUAAAAGCAACAAUUGACCAGGAUAAUGGAAUAAUCUGGGGUUUGUAUACACUUCACAAAGUUUCCAAAUAGGGGAAGAAAAGAGAAAAUGACAAAACUACAAUCGUAAUGGGUUAAUAUUUGUAGCAGAUAAAGAAUUAACCAGGAUACAGAUCAUAUAAGUGAUGCGAUUUUAAAAGCUUAAUCAAAUGAGUAUGUAAAGAAAACAAAAAUUGGCCAUCGACUACCCUACAGGGUGAGUUUCAACAAAAAUGGAAAAAUUGACCACGUUACCUGACCACAAGACAAUAAUACCAGAAAUCAAUAACAAAAAAGAUUGCCGAUGCUUGUGUUGUAAAAUGCGCUUCUAAAUAAUUUAGAGAAACAAACUUUAAAUUUAAAAUAUUUUAAAUGGUUGUGAAUUUUUAAAUAUUUAAACAUGAAUAACAAUGAAGACACUGAGGACCAAAGCUCAUGAAGCCUCUAAGAAAUAGCCCUAAACACCUGUUAGAAAAAGAAGAAGCUUUGACAAUUAAUUACCUAAGCAUUCACCGCAAGAAGCUGAAAAAAGAAUGAGAGGAAAAUCCAAAGAAAGUGGAAGAAAUUAAAGCACGAAUUAAGGAAAUAGGAAGAAAAGAAACAACAGAGAUGAUUUUUUAAACCCCCCCCCCCCAAAAAAAAACAGUUCUCAAAGAACAAACCUUUGGCAAACUGAUUUAAAAAAAAAAGGAGCAAAGGCACAAAUUAAAAAUGGCAGAUAGAACUGAGGUUUUAAAAAUUAUGAGAACACCGUGUGGAGUGCUAUAAUGAUAAAGGUGAAACCAGAAAGCAUGAACAAUUUUCUAGAAAAAUAAUAUUGCCUAUUCUAACUCAAGAAGAGAUUUAAAAUCUAAAUAGACUUAAAACGUUAAAUAAAUCGGAGUUGUAGGUUUUUUUUCACAGCCAUGCAUAUCCGCUAACACUCACAUAAAAAUUACCAGACCAGAUGGUUUUACCUUCUGCCAAACCCUCAAAGAAAGAUAAUCUUCACAUGAUACAAAUUGUCCCAGAGGGUGGAGAAAAAAAAGCAAUCUCUCCAAGUCAUUUUGUGAAGCCAGUAGGAACUUACAGCUUUGAAAUAAAAAAAUGAAUCGAACAAGAGUGGAAAAUUAUGGGCCAAUCUCACUUAUGAAUAUGGGUGAAAAUUUUCUAAAGAAAAUCAGAGCACCCAGAAAAAAAAAACAAAAACAGAGCAAACUAGAAAUGGUUUAUCCUAGAAAUAUGAGGAUAAACCUAGCCUAUGCAUUCACCACAUAAAUAAAGAGGAAAAAAAAGAAAAUGAUUAAGUAGCUGCAGAAAAAAAAAUGUGAUAAAUUUCAUCAUUCAUUUAUGAUAAAAACUCUCAUAAAACUAGAAAGGGAACUUUCUUGCCUUGAUGAAAAAAAUACCAAAAAUGUAUAAACGUCAUACCUAAGGGAGAAGCUUUAGACGCAUUCUCUUUAAGAUUAGGAAGAAGAUGAGUGUGUCUGAUUCCGAGCAUGGUUCAGAGAGUACUAGAAGUUCUGGGCUAUGAAAUAAGGCAUGAAAAAGAAAUUAGAGGAAUGAGGACAAUUGCAGAGAAAAUAAAAAUAUUCGACAAACGGAUAGAUAUGAUAAAAUAAAUCAGGAUAUUUGCCUGAUUAAUAAAAACUACAAAAACCAACAGUGUCCUCUACACCGUUGACAAUCAACAGGAAGAGGCAUUUCCGUCUGUCGCCAUGAUGGAGCUACUGGUCCUGGGCCAGCCCUCCCGUUGUAAACCACCAGAAAAUGGGAGAAAACAUAAGAAAGAACUAUUUUUGGAUAUAGGACAAGAGGUACCCCAGGACGGUGCAUGCUGAGAGAAGGGAAAUGCAGAGGGGACCCCUAUGUUCACCCCGCCUCACCACCUGGGGGUACUUUGUGGAGAAUGGCACAGGAAGUGGGGAAAGCCAGGCAGAGAGUGGCGGUCUCCCUGAGUGGAAGACACAGAAGUCAGACUUUAGGGAGACUAAGUGGCUGGAAUUUGCGAGAUGGAGUGCCAGAAAGAAAGGACUGAGCCAGUCGGAGGAAGGACUCCGGUCUGCAGAGGGCUCCCCUUGAGUCUUUGCCUGAGAACUCAGUUCUGCGUGGGAUGAAACCAAGCAGAGAAGCACCACUGAGUAGCCGUGAGCUGAAGAGUUCCCAGAGCUCACACAAAGCCGGGUAUAUUUAAAAAGCGACAGUGUGUAGGAACAGACGAACCGGGGGUACGGCACGGAGAGUUCAAAAACAGUCCCGAGUGUGAACGGGAACUUGGUAAGCGGACAGAGAAAGGGCAGACUGUCUAGCGGAUAGGGCUGAGAAAACUGGCUCAUAACAUGGAGGAAAAAUCAAGUCGUAGCCUUUCUUUAAUCCCACAUAAAAAUAGAUGCCAGCUGGAUUCAAGAGCAAACUGUGAAAGGGAAAAACUGUAAAAGUCACAGAGGAAAUAUAAGGGGUAUCUUUUUCACCAGGGGACACAGACUGACUUAAGAUCCAACAGGCAACACAUUUCAGGGUGAAAAAUUAUACCAACAUUGAGCGUGUCUGUCCAGCCAAGUUCACAACAGAUGAAGUCACCACCUUGAAGAGAUUUCUCAGAGAACGAUGCCUGGAGCGUCUAAACCCAGCAAGGAUGCAAACAGCUCCUGCAAAUCAAGAAGGAAAAGAAAGAAACCCCCAAGAGACAAGUGGGCAACAGCCAGGAGCAGGCAGCACGAAGAUGGGGAACCCCCGACGGCUGACAGAUACGGGAACGGACGCCCAAGCUCACUGGAGUCAGAGAAAGGCAAGCUCAAACAUCAACAAAAUAGCCCUUUAUGGUUAUCAGGCAAAAGUUAGGAAAGUGCAUGGUAUCAAGUGUUGGGGAAGGAAUGAGGAAAACAGGACACGUCCUGUCCUGCUGGUGGACAUGAAGCCCGGGCAGCCGUUUAGGAAAGUAACCAGACAGUAUUUAGUGAAGCCGAGCGCGCACGUGUCCUACAACCCAGCGAUCCCACUUCUGGAACGCAUCCCAGAAAAAUCCUGAGCCAAACCCAACGGGGACAGGCGUGAGGACAUGGGACACAAUGUUUUUGUGGGAAUAAAGGAAUGGAGAAGUAAAACGGGGCUGGUGCACAUGAUAACAUUUGAAACCACGACCGGCUCCUUUUCCACACAGCCGCCUGUCAAUGUCCUGAAAACAUACGGUUGAGUGAAAAAAAAAAAAACAAAAACAGCAAGAACUCUAAAUGACAACAUUUGUGUAAAUUAAAAACACUUAUGGGCAACCACCUGUUUUGAAAGAUAGGUGUCCAAGGACGUAGGUUGAACUAGUUAGAACAGAGGCAAGGGUGGGGAGGGAAAAAGAAGCUGGGACGGAGAUGCAGAGGGAAAUUUAAAUAAACGAUUUUGUUUGAUUUUAAACGGCCUGACGAUUGUGGUGUGCCAUAAAGUGAGGGGUAUCGUUAAAUUUACUCCUUGCACCUGAGGUCCAGCUUAAAAAAUUAAAUCACAGGGUUUGGAGAUUAUAGGAGAAAAAAAAGGAUACUAUCAAUAGACAUAGAAAAAGCCUUUAGUAAAAGUCAAUACCUCUUUGCGAUUGAAAAAAUAAACUCAUGGGGCUGGCCCUGUGGCCUAGUGGUUAAGUUCGGUGCUCUCUGCUUCGAUAGUCUGAGUUUGGCUCCUGGGCGUGGACUAACACCACCCAGUGGCAGCCACGCUGUGGGGGCCACCCACGUACAAAAUAGAGGAAGACUGGCACAGAUGUUAGCUCAGGGUGAAUCUUCCUCAGCAAAAAAAAAAAAAGAAAAAAAAAACCUACCUCGAAAUAGAAGAGAACCUCUUAACACGACAAAGGGCAUCUGUGACAACUUCGUGUACAUAAUGGACCUGGUGGCAGAUUCAGACGGGGUGGGAGCCACAGGGUGUGCAGAAAGGGUCAGGCCUCCUGGUCACGGUCUGUUGCAAAAAAGAUGCUGGCUCUGAAGCAGGAAAUUCGGGCUCAGGGACACCUGGAAGUCCCCAGGGUCCAAGCAACACAGACUCUUACGUUGACCCAUCUUCCUUCCAUAGGAUGGACCAGACUCUGAACAGCAGCCAGACUCCAGCCUCGACCCCAAACCCCGCGGGGGCAGAUGCGCUGGGCAGGGCCCACUUGGUGCUGGGCGCCCUGAUCCUGGUCGUCUGCGCCUGCGGCAUAGUGGGCAACAGCAUGGUGGUCUGGCUGCUGAGCUUCUGCGUGCAGAGGGCGCCCUUCUGCGUCUACGUCCUCCACCUGGCCGUGGCCGACCUCCUCUUCCUCCUCUGCGCGACCUUCACGGUCAGCCUAGAAGUCGCCUCGCUGGCCGCCAGGUGGUGGAAGGCCUACGAGGUGAUGCAAAGAGUGGAGUACUUUGCCUACACCUGCAGCCUGAGCCUGCUCACGGCCAUCAGCACGCAGCGCUGCCUCUCCGUCCUCUUCCCCAUCUGGUACAGGUGUCACCGGCCCCGGCACCUGUCGACCACGGUGUGCACCCUGCUCUGGGGGCUGUCCCUCCUGAUGAACACGGUGUCGUCUUUCUUCUGCAUCAAGUCCGGGCACCCCGACGAAAAGCAAUGCUUGAUGGUGGACUCCACCUCCCGCUGCCUCAUUUUGGGGAUCUUCAUACCCAUGAUGACACUGUCCAGCGUGACCCUCUUCGUGCGGGUGCAGAGGAGCCCCCCGCAGCGCCGGCGCCGGCCCAGGCGGCUCUAUGUGGUCAUCCUGGUCUCCGUCCUGGUGUUCCUCCUCUGCGCCGUGCCCUUCGCCUUCAACCCGAUCCUCCUCUCCUGGGGGCACCUGAAGGGUCAGGUGGUGCUCCUGUAUCGGCACAUCUCCCUCCUCUCCACGUCAGUGAGCAGCAGCGCCAAUCCCAUCAUCUACUUCGUGGUGGGCCGCAGAAGGAGCCGCCGGGGUCUGCGGGAGCCCCUGGGGGCGGUGCUCCGCACGGCGCUGCAGGAGGAGCCCGAGCUGGAGGAGAGGGAGACGCCCUCCACCGGCACCAAUGAGCUGGGGGUCUGACCUUUCGAGGCCGAGGCCCCGCCCCCAAGCUGGCAUCUCGCGGAGUCAUCCUAUUCCGUGUGUCGGCAGCUGAAGGAUACCUUGUUCUUUCUCUUGGCACCUUCUGAGGCGACUCCUACUGUCCCCCAGAACGAGAGAGACUUCCAGCCAGCUGGGGCAAGGCCAGAUCCCCAGAAAGGAAGGGAAACCUUAUUAAUAAUCUAUCAAAUGUCACCCCGUGGCAGUGAAUCUCCCAGUCUGUGGAUUUGUGCUGCAGCCGGAGGUAGAGAGUCCUGGGAACCAAGAUGCUCGUAUGGGUCUGGGCCGGGGACCCGCCAAGUCGGCUUGCCCCUCGGGGGCCUUACAGCCCUAGAAAGAGAAGAUGCCCCCUGAGCGCCCUCCGUUUUGUGGGUCACCUGCUUUCCUGUCUCAGCUCAGACCCCCAUCGUUCUCCCAGGGAGGCCCAUGGGGCAGGAGGCUCUAUCAGUCACUCCAGGCGUCUGAUGGAGAACUCAGUACCAGGACUGGCCUUGCAACCCAUGAACACUUCCUAAGUGCUCUUUUGGCUCAUAAGCAUCACUGAUACCCACAUAGUGCUUGAUAGCAGUGGGGCUCAGAGAGGCCAGUGUUUUUGUCCAGCAUCACUCAGCUAAUGAAUUGAUGGGCCGUGAUUCAACCCUUAUCUUUUGACCACAAACUUCACACUCCAUGGCCUUUCUCUAACCUGGGCGGUGACCGAGGGGCCCAUCUGAAGCAGAUGGUUGGCAAUGAGGGCAGCCUCCCUUCUCAGGGGUAAGUGGCCAGCACAGGGCCCCUCACUUGCAUUGGGCAGAGGAGGGAAAGUUGAGUUGGUGGUACCAGAAGUUGGGGCUUCCUAGGGUGCACUUAUGAGGUUCACGUAAUUCUGUGUAUAGUUAGGUUAUUUCUAGCCACCUCGGAGUAGGAAUGGCUUCUGGGAAUGUUGCCACUGUUCACUGUGCGGGCUCACCCGGAGUCAUGGAGAAAAAUGCAGGGCCAGGAGUCAGGUGGAGAUAUGAACCUCACGGGAGGUGUGUGGGUAGUGGAUAGCAGCGAAGAAAUAAGAUUUGAAAUGUACAGAACCGGAAGCUAGUCUAUGAAAAAUUCCUUCAAUCGUUGGCCACGUAAGAUUGUAAGUGGAAGCUUCAGUUCUCGUUGACGCCUGGUCAGGACAGAAGAUCUCGUCUGCUAGGAAUAUGCUUGAUAAUGCAGCAUGUGUCGUCAUUAAUCAUGCCACACCUUUUUUUUUUUUUUUGAUGAGAAAUGUGCAAAAUACCAUGUCUCAGAUAUCCUGUCUUUGUGACAUAAUCCCAGAGCCAGAGUCCAAACGGCAAAAAAUGUCAGUAUGAAGUUGCACGUUUUAUGCAUCUCACCUCUCAGUAUUUUAAAACAAAUCUGAUCAACAAGGAAAGACCAAGUUCUCUUUCUAUUUUCUCUGUAGAAACUAUUGCAAAAUGUACAAGAACAAGAACUCCGGGAUCACACGGUCGGGGUGGGGGGAGGUGAACCUUGCCUCCAUCACACACUAGCUUUUCGGUCUAGUCGAGUCACUAAGUCUCACUCUCCACGUUUGUAGCUUUGAAGUGGAGACGGUAUCAGUGCCCCUCUCACGGGUUUCCUGAGGGUUUGAUGAGAUGCCCGUGCCGUGUUUAGCUGUAUCUGGCACACAGCAAGGACUCAGGAAAUGGUCAUUAUUUUUAUGCACUGGAUCUUUUGGAAGGAUGGAGGGGUGUUACCCAGCCUCUAGUCCCCUUUUCUGGGGGCCCACGAUUUGCUACCCUCCCUCAUUGCAGGACAACUUGGUUAAUCAAGGAGUCCAUGCGUCCAGAGACCACAGGGGUCCCCUGGGUCUCCUUCUGCCAGGUCCUCACCAUCCCAGAAUAUCUAAGGGGCUGGCCCAGGACCUAAGCUGUCCAGGCUGACUCUCUCCCAGGACUCUGAAUCUUGGCGAGAGUGAACCAAGAUGGCGGAAGCGUUUGGAAGUCAUCCACUCCCACAGUGGCAUCCUGACAUUGAAUUUAGACCUGUCCAACACCUGUUCUGUUUUGACGCCAGGUUCUCCAGUCUGUGUGUUGAUCGUGUGAGCUCUCCGGUCUCUUUCCAGUUAAUCCUCUUUAUCACUUAACUUGGCCACAGUGGGUUUUUGUUGUCUGCAGCCAAGGACCACUAAUGUGCACAGAAGCCCCAUCAGAAAGGGCUUUGCAGGCAGCGGAUGCCCCGUUAGUAAACGCCGGGCAUUGAGACCCGAGACUAGGCUGAGAGGGGUGAAGCCGAUAAUGCAGAAGCCCCCUUGCUCCCAGCAGCACGGGCCGCCUCAAAGGCCCUGGGGGGCCCCACAGCGCGUUCACACGGUCGUAUGUUCGGGGAGCUCACAUAGUGACGUGUUUUAACCACCACUGGUAACGACUGCUGUCUCUCUCCCCACCAACUUCUGUCUCUCACCCUCCCCUUCACGUCAGUGGCAUUGACGUGGCCACAGAGGGACAUUUUGGGGUAACCCGAGUCGGGGAUAACUUCAGUUUGGGUUAGUGGUGUAUAUUUACACAGCUCCCGGUCAUUUCGAGGUAACUAUUGCUCCCCAGUCUGGUUCACGCAUUUGCCGGUAUCAGGACACGAAGGUGAAGUGCCAGAGGUUGUGCGGAGCUGUGACGGAGCCCUGUGGCGCCCAGAACACGAAGGAGAUGGGUGAUGGAGGAGAAGAUACAGAGACGGAAGCCACUCUACAGGAAAGUCUUCCCACCUUCAGAUAGGCAGCGUUUUAAGUGGAGGAGUCACUUCCAAGGGAUGCUAAAAUGUAGCAAACCUCUGCAGUCAUGGACCACACAUUUCAGUCAACAAUGGACCGCAUCCAUGACAGUGGUCAGUAUUCAGUAAGAACAAGAUUACCUUUCAACCUCGUUCCCAACACGGACACAGAUGAAAAGAAGUGAAUCUUGUCAAUUUGCUAUUUUUCUUGUCUAGUCUGAGGGGUGGCUCAAGGGUGACAAGGAUUUAUGAGCCUGUUUUGCAGAAGAGAAAGAAUGCCUUCAAGGAAAUUACCGUCACCAGAUAACCAGCCCUGGGCUGCCACUGAUGC